AAAUUUUUAAAAAUACAUUUUCAGUAAAUAUAUUUCAAAAAGACAAUCAUAUCAAUACAGUAAUUCAAUUCUAAUAUACUAUACUAAUAAAUAUUAAUAUAGUUUAUUUUACUGUGAUGAAAGGUUAAUAUAAAUUAUUUUUAAUUUAAUUAAAUUUCUUCAAUAAAAUAAUUCAAAAUGUCAACAAACAAUUCUAUGUUCGAUGAAAAUGCAACAAUCUCACGAACUCCACAAAAACGCAAAGAAAUUCUAAGGAAAAUAAUAACUAGGGCUCAAUCUUUACAAGAAACAAUUAAUGAUGAAACUAUAAAAACUCUGGAAUUAUGCAUGGAAGAAACAGAUAAUAUAAAUUCUGAAACAAGUAUAGAAGAAAAGGUGCAUAAUCAAGAAGAAGUGUUAAUGGAUUCAGAAAUGAUGCACAUAUCUUCUAAUGUUCUAAAACAUUGUACAAGAUCCUUAACAAAAGUUGUAUGCUCAUAUAAUCAUAUAGAAUUUGCUAAAAAAAUAGUACAAUAUGUAAAACAACUUCCAGAUGUUGAACCAGAAACACCAGAUUGGUCACUUCUGGAAUCGCAAGUUAUAAAAUGCUUUAAAAGAACACCUCGAUAUACUACAUUACUAGGUACUUUAACACCAUUAGAAAAAAAGGAAAUUAAUAAAAAAAAGCCUGUAAAAAUAAAAGAAACUCAAGCACAAAUUAAAAGACCAGAUAAUGUUGUAACAAUUGAAAAGGAAGAAGAAGGACCAGAAGAAACUGUAAAAAUGAAAGAGUUUAUCUCUAAAUAUUAUAAAAUUUAUCGCAAACCGCUCGAUUUUUUUAAAUUAAUUUUACAUCCUAAUGAUUUUGGAAAAACAAUUCAAAAUAUUUUACAAAUAUCUUUUCUUGUUAGAGAUGGAAAGAUAAAAAUAACUAAAGGUACAAUGUUAGUUUUUGCAAUUAUUAAAAUCUAUGUAUACUUUUAUUUAUUAAAUAUUAUUUUCUUGAUAGAUGCAUCUGGAAUACUAGUUGUUCAACCUUGUACUAAAGAUAUGACAGCUCAAAUGAAAACAGGAAAUAUCGAAAAUAUUCAAAAUGUAAUGUAUUUAAACAUGGAACAGUGGAAGGUAAUGCUGCUAUUUUAAAUUUUUUCAAGUUAUUUUUUUUAAUAUUCAUUUUAUAUUUUAGAUCCUGAAAAAUAUUUAUCGAUUGGAAAAUCCAUUAAUUGAAU